AUGUUAUCACAACUACCACCUGGCGACUGGAACAAAGGCCAUAUAUCACAUAAUAUUUCGAAUAUGCGUCCUUAUUUCACCAGAGACACGAAGCUUCAGCUUCCCGGAGUCACGAAAGUCUGGCAUCCGCUUCAGAUAGAUUACUUGGAGCUUCAGAUGGGAUAA